AGAAAAGGCUUAUGGAAUUGCAGGGAUGAUUUCUGUGCUUGUUUAGUUUUGUUUGGUGAGUUUAGAAGAUAUUACUGUGGUCUACCUGUGGAUUUGCUAUAGCUACGAGGAACGCCUACUAGAAAAUGGCUGCUGCAAGAUUGUGUUCUUUCAGAAAUUUGCUAAAAUGUGGACAGAAAAAUGUGGCCCAGAAAAAUGUGGUUCGAUGUAUAAGCGGAUUUGUACCAAGGCGUUCGUUUCUUUACAUGCCGGGGAAUGACGAGAAAAAGAUCCGUAAAGCGACAGGCUUAGAUGCUGAUUGUGUGGUUCUUGAUUGUGAAGACGCUGUCGCAAUCAAUCGAAAGGAAGAGGCAAGACGGACCAUCAGUGAGCUACUAGCUGUGCUGUCAUUUGGGCGCAGUGAGGUGUGUGUGCGUGUGAACUCAGUUUCCAGUGGUUUGGCUGAAGAUGACCUGAAUGCUGUAUUUAAUGCCAAGACUCUGCCACAGACGAUUGUUGUCCCUAAAAUGGAUUCCGUUGCAGAAUUGAAAUGGGUUAAUGACAAAAUUGGACGGUUGAUGAAAGAGAAGAAGCAAAAGAUUGGAUUAAUCACUCAAGCUGAGAGUGCGAUAAGUCUGUUAAACCUGCGGGAAGUGUGCGAGUAUGGCACUAGUGAGCAGCGAAAUUUUGCCCUUCAGGCUAUUAUAUUUGGUUCUGAUGACUUCCUGGUCAGCAUAGGAGGGACCAGGACCAAGGAUGCUAAAGAACUCCUGUUUGCACGUCAGUAUGUGGUGGUACAUGCUAAGGCAUUUGGACUUCAGGCUAUUGACCUUGUUGAUAUAGACUUCAAAGAUCUUAUAGGCUUAAAGUCACAGUCUGAGGAAGGAGCACGCAUGGGAUUUACUGGAAAGCAGAUUAUACAUCCUGGUCAAAUAGAUAUUGUGAACAAGGCUUUCUCUCCACCACCUGAGAAAAUCAAAUGGGCAAAAGAUCUGCUUUCUGCAUUCGAAGAGCAAGAAAAACAAGGAAAGGGAGCAAUGAGUUUCCAAGGCGACAUGAUUGACAUGCCACUUGUUCUCCAGGCACGUGCUAUUGUGCGCUUGGCUGAUGUGCUGCAAUCUUAGACCAAUACCUACUAAAGUGUUUAAGGUGACAAUUCUACAAAAUUGGUUGUACUCUAUAGUUCUAGUGUUACCAACUAAGAACAUAAAUUGUUGCCAAUAAUAUAGAGUGCUUUUCUUGCAUUAUAAUUGGCUAGCAUUGGGAGGGUUUGUAGUGCAAUACAAACAACAGCAUACAGUAGAGGGCUGUGUCACGAGCAACCAGACUCUAAGCUUCUUGGAAACUGCUGAAAGAAUCAGCUGGGAAGGUUCUGAGAGGCAAUGAUACUUAGGUCCGAAGAAUGGAAAGAGGAUGGGUAAAUAUCCAGCCAAUGUAAACGUAUCACUGUUGUUAGCCUUCCUAAAAUAACUGUACAAGAAACCACAAGUAUCCCAAGCUCACUGUGUAUGAAUAAAUUAUAGUGGUUCACGUUUACAGUAACCAUAUGGGAUUGAAAUAAGCCGUUCAUUUUACUACGAAAUAAAAUCGUAAAACUCUCAAAAAUAUUCUCACCUGACGGUGAAGUCUUAGAUGUGGUUUGGGUGAAGUUUGAAGCCAUUUGGGCUUGCAUUUCGAGAGUCACGUUGUUCUGUUUCCCCUUGUAUACAUAAGAGAGAUGGGAAACAAAGUGUGUCCCAGUACAGGUAUUAGUAUACUUUCAAAGAUAUGAAAAGCGAUAAAACUUUCUAGAAUUUAUUUUUAGAAACGUUUCACAUUAAUAUGUCUCUAAACUAAAAUAUUGAAUGCAGUGUAAUUUAUUUCACUUGCCUUGUUUAUUUACAGCUGAAUAAGUUGUUAAACGUUAAUAACUUUACAAGUAAUAUAAUUUAUAUUUAUUGAUUUGAAUCUAAAUCUUCCAAAGGCUUUCUUAUACACCUAUUUCACUUAUAAGACUAUUUCACUAUUAAAACUAUAAGAAAAUGGAAAAUUGUUAGUGUCACAACUAUUGUAUAUGGUUAUGGCAGUCAAUGCAGUAUUGACAUCUAUGUAGUGAAUUAACAUUUUUAUAAAAGAAGACAACAUUGUC